UUGUGCUACACGUUUUCUGUUGAUGCAUUGUGUGUUAAAAAUAAUUGCAUGCCACAAACAAACAUUACAUUGGUCUCUCUUUCGCACCCCUGCACUGGACCACCUGUGUUGCAUACACAAACCUACUUAACAAAUCUAAGCCUCUUACUGUAGCUGAGACUUGCCUGUUUUCUGAUCACCUUCAACAAACUAUACAGUAGCAUGUCUACUCUUUUACAAUUUCAGUACCACCUUACUACUUCAUCUCCAAAUUCCAGACCCUGCAGCCUGCUUCCCCCUAAAAACCAGCACCUAUUUGUCGCGAACCAGAGAUUGCAUUCGUUACACGUCGACUUAAAGAUUUAUGCAAAACGUAUAAUUAUUGUACGGGCAAAGGAUGACUCCGAUGAUGAGUCUGACGAUGACUCUGAUGAUGAGUCUAAGGAUGAAGCUCCAGUUCCCCCCAAGCGUCCUCCUUUCGAAUGGAAGAAAUGGGCUGUAGGGGUAUUGUUUUUUUUCAUUUUACCAUCAUACAGGCUCAGAAUGGGACCAUUUGCUAUCCUCAAGGACAAAGUGGAUGAGAUGUUCGAAACAGCAGAAACAGCAGCAGCAGUGGUGGAGGAUCUAGCUGAGCUCGUGGAUAGGCUCGCUGAGGAAGCAGAGAAAAAGCUGCCUGACGGAACAAAGCUCGAUGAUCUUGCUAGAUCAAUUGAAAAUCUAGCCGAACGAGUCGAUGAGAAAGCUGAGCAAGCCCAAGAACUUAUCAAAGAGGUACAAAAUAUGGCAGAAGAUUUAGAGGAUAUAAUGGAAACUAAAAUAAUUGAAGCCACGAGACGAGAGGAAAGCCACCAUAAGGAUCGAGGCAGAAGAAUCCACAGGCCCGAGGAUGAAAACCUGAAAGAUGGUGCUGAAACAAUCGAAAGCCUGACCGAACAAGCAGAAAAGAGAGCUGAAGAAACCCAAGAACUCGUGCAGCAGGUAGACAAACUCGGGAGCGAAAUAAGAGAUAUGGACUCCAGAAAUCCUGCUGCCACAAGCGGUAGUCAGAAAACAGGGCAUGAAAAUAGAUCAGGGAAGAGAUUAACCAAAGUUUAAGCCUAUACUGUUUAAAUCUUAUCCAAGAAAACUAAAUGUUCAACACAUACAUCGUCUAGACCAAAAUGCAGAGAGGCUUUUGUAUUAUUUUUGUCCCGUAGCUGUGAUUCUAAGAGAUGAUGAAUCAUGAGAUGCCUUCACUCAGUUCCCUGAUCUCCUGGCUCAACAUUUUUUGAGUUCUUGUACCGUUGCUGUUAGAGUCGGUUCCAAACUGUUAUCAUCCCGCGAAGGAUCUCGUCACAAUUUUAUAAGGCAGGAUGAAUAUCUAGCUGAAUCUUGUCCCUUCUUCAAAAAACCUAACAUCUUGUUGCACGAGUUUUUAAUUUAAUAAAUUCUCAACUCAGCUUUUCAAUUAACUGUGGAACAUAAAUCAUAUUUCAUACUCUUUCCUAUUUCAUCUUGAUACUAGGAAAGAUAAGUCCAUGGUGAAGUGAGCCUACCAAUGCAAAUUUAACCAUGUUUUCUUCACAUACGUUUUUCUUUACUAACUAAAUAAUUUUAACCAUGUUCUGCAUCACUGAUUCUCAUACUCUACACAGUUUAAGUUGUUUAAAAAAAAUGUUCUGCCUUCAAGAGCAAGUGCGCGCCUGUUUGAUUGUAAGUGUGAUGCCUAACAGGUCACGUUAGCAAACGCUCCGUGCACUGGGGCUGCUCGUAGUAGUUCAUAGUUCAAAUCCCUUUAUCAGAUCAGUUAUAUCAUCUAAUCAACGAAAUGUACCACAUACAUUCAGAAAAAAAGGACAGGACACAUAGCAAAGGAACAUUCAUCAUGCGUACAGAGAUGUCUAAAGCUAGACAGUGUGUCAAUUGUUCACGCAUUUUUCUCUUUUCUUGUGUUUUAUCCUUGUAUUAAUAGAUAGAUGUGACAUAUAUUCUUUGUUCUUGUCAUAAUCUGUCUGUCAUCUCCUCUCGAGAUCUUACACAUCUGCUAAACGAAGAGUAAUGCCUAUGCAUAGUGACUUCCGCAGCUUAGUUGUCUUGGAGGAAACUCAAUUGAAAUGUUCGAGUAUAUACAGACAUGCCUACAUAUCCUUGAUAAAAAUUCUAUUAAACUUCUCAAGGUCAGUGAUAUAAAUAGGUUAGCCUCCCUUGUUUCCGCCACUGGGAUAUGCACUAGUUAUAUUCCAAAGACGAACCUAUAUUCAUAACCAGAAACCAAGUUUCCCUCUGCAGUUGCUGUGACUCUCAUCAACUAAAGAAACUGUACAACACUAGCAUGUCUAAAACAUUAAUGUUUCUACGCCACCUGAUCACGACAUCAUCAUCAAAGAUCAAGGCUUGCAGCCUGCCUAGCGUGAAACAUCAAUACCUCUACUCCAGAAACCAAAUAGUACAUUCAUCAAACAUCAAAUUUAAGGCCCGCCAAAAUUUCAUAUAUGUGUAAGUACUUGGUUUAAAUUGACUUGUGGUUUCAGUUUAAAUGAAAUGAUGAAUACAUGCAUAUAUAAAUGAAAAUAGGAUGGCAAAGGCUGGUAAACCGGAUGACGAUCUCCAAGCUCCAAUUCCUCCCAGGCGUCCUUCUUCUGAAUGGAAACAGUGGGUUGUAGGGAUAGUGUUUUCGAUGUUUAUACCAUCAUACACGCCUACAAUAGGAACACUUGCGAAUAUCAAGAAUAAUAUAGGCACCGUAUUGGUAACAUCAGUAACAAUGGCAGAGAUGGUGGAAAGUACAACUGGAGUGGGGAGCAAGCUGGCUGAUAUGGCAAAGAAAAGGGCUAAAUCGAUCGAAGAAGAGAAAGCUAAACAAACUCAAGAACUCAUGCACCAGGUGGGAAAACCUGGAAAUGUUGUAGAAGAGAUGAUGGAAUCCAGCAGUCCGGAUGUUACAGACGAUCGCCAAGAAACCGGGCACGAGGAUAGACUAGUAAAAAGAUUUCCUUAAGGUCCAUUACUCAGAAUAUGUUUUUGUUUUCUUCCAGGCUAAAGCUUUUGCAACUUCUUGUAAAUAUACUACAUUAUAAACAUAAACCUAAUAAGCUUCAUCAUAUUGAGCACUGUCAUUUUAGCCUUUUCAUACUCGUUCAAUUUUGAUAUUUGUAUAAUAUUGAAUCAGUCAGGCAGUUCUCCUAUAAGGGUGUGAGUUACUGAGUUUUAGUUCUGCAACUUUCUCUUAUUUCUCUUCUCUAGUAAAUUGCAGCUUUUAUAUUUACAACUUCGCCAGAAAAAAAAAAUCUGUAAUUCGCACAUUGUUGCUAUCGGUGUGUGCUGCUCUUCAGAAUCACCAAUGAUGUUUUAAUCCGGUGAAAAUUGCCAUGGCUUAGCAUUAAGUAUCUCUUCACAGCUCUACGAGACGGCUUAGGGUGCUCUGCAACCAAUCUUUGUUGCAGGUGCCUUCCAUUUAUCAGCAAUAGGUGAUGCAUACAUUUAGAAAAAUAGGACAGGAUACAUAGCAAAGGAACAUCUAUGAUUAUUUCUUGUGUAUCACAAUGUUCGCAUUUUAUUUCUUUUCUUGUUUCGUAUUCUUGUAUUACAAAAUAGGUGUAAUGUAUAUUCUUUGUUCUUUGUCAAAAUCUGUUUGUCGAGAUCUUACCAAUCUGCUAAGCGAAGAGUGUUUAUGCAUAGAGACUUCCGCACCUUGUCCUUUCAUUCCUUGUAAGAAACUUGAUAGAAAUGUUCGAGUAUAUAUAUAUUUACAUCUGCUUGAUAAAUUUUCUAUGUUAACUUCUGAAAAUCAGCCGGGGAUGUGUCUCCCUUGGUUCCGCCAACACAAAACUUAUAUGUAACCCGAAACUAAGCCCCUCUCUGCAGUUGUCUGUUACUCUUAUCAACUAAAAAAACUCUACACUAGCAUGUCUAAAACAUUAAUGUUCCAACGCUACCUGAUCAGGACUACAUCUUCAAAGAUCAAGUCUUGCAGCCUACCUAACGUGAAACAUCGAUACCUCUUCUCCAGAAACCAAAUAUUACAUCCAUCAAACAUCAGAUUUAAGGCCCCCCAAAACAACAUACAUGUGCUGGCAAAGGCUGGUAAUUCUGAUGACAAUCUUCGAGCUCCAGUUCCUACCAGGCGACAUUCUUCUGAAUGGAGACAGUGGGUUGCAGGGAUAGUGUUUUCGAUAGUUAUACCAUCAUGCACAGCUAAAAUAGGAACCAUUGUGACUCUCAUGA